CUUCAUCGUUGCCAAUACUAAUCUGGCAACUCCAAAUGUUAGGCCAUUUUGUAAUUCAACUGCAGCCAACUUCAGUAAUUUCCUGCGCUGUUUAUUUCUUUUGGAAUUUGCAUCUCGUAGAAGGUCUAUCUUCAUCAUGGGUGCCUACCGUUACAUGCAGGAAUUGUACAGGAAGAAGCAGAGUGAUGUUAUGCGUUACUUGCUUCGCAUCCGCGUGUGGCAAUACCGUCAAUUGACAAAAUUGCACCGUUCUCCCAGACCAACCCGUCCCGACAAGGCUCGUCGUUUGGGAUACAAGGCCAAGCAAGGCUUUGUCAUCUACAGAAUUCGUGUACGCCGUGGUGGUCGCAAGCGUCCCGUACCCAAGGGUUGCACUUACGGCAAGCCCAAGAGUCAUGGUGUCAACGAAUUGAAACCAUACCGUGGAUUGCAAUCUAUUGCUGAGGAACGUGUUGGCCGCAGAAUGGGAGGUUUACGUGUAUUGAACUCCUACUGGGUUGCCCAAGAUGCUUCUUACAAAUACUUCGAAGUCAUCUUGGUUGAUACUCACCACAAUGCCAUCCGUCGUGAUCCCAAGAUCAACUGGAUCUGCAAGCACGUUCACAAACAUCGUGAACUUCGUGGUUUGACCUCCGCCGGCAAGAGCUCCCGUGGUAUUGGCAAGGGUUACAGAUACUCUCAAACUAUUGGUGGUUCUCGUCGUGCUGCCUGGAAGCGCAAGAACCGCAUGAACAUGCACAGAAAACGUUAAGAUGUAACACAUUUUUUAGCGUGUUGACAAAGAGAAGAUUUCUGAAUAAAGUUUAUUUUAUAAAUACCUACAAAAAAAA